CCGCCUCUUUAUUUUUCCAAAAUUUGGAGAAUUUUUGACCAAUCAAAUCGAUCGACACUAGCAAUCCUUGUCUUGAUGAUAUUCAUGAUUGAUUUGGUAGCAAGGGAGCCAAAUUGUUGGAUUAUUUUAAUGUCAUUUGUCAAAUUAGCAUAGUCUUGAGUAUGUCUAUUGGCUAGGAUCCAAAGGACACUAAACAUAUUAAUAUUCUCACUAUUAUAUAUCCUAAGUGACAUGCCAUUAGUCUUUAGACUCACCUCAUCAUCAUAAUUCAUUUUAAAUAUUCAAUUAAUCCAUGUGAAUGAUCAUAGAACUGAUAUAUUGAUUCAUGUAGCUGACUACAAUCUUUUGACAUCAAAACUUUGGCAUGUUCCUACAGUUUUUCGUUUCUUUCGCACGUAACAAGUUCAUAAAACUAAUAUCCAUUGGAACAUCUUAAGUCAACUCUCAUUUUCAUUCUUGAAUCUUAUGGGAUACGCUCUAAUAUUCUCUUCUUCCUAAAUAAUUCUCUACAAACCUUCAAUCCCUCAAAAAUCCCAUAAAAAACCCUAAAAAUGCAAACAAAAAACCACUUAAUUCUUUCCUCUCUACUCAUUCUAGUCCUCCUAGCACCAUCAAACAUUGUAGCCCAAGAUAGCUUCAAAGGUAACACUGGAGACGUCUUCACACCAUCAACCAUAAUCAUCAUCAUCAUGGGAAUAAUCUUCAUGUUUACAGGCUGCCUUGCGGUUUUCCUACGCCAAUUCUCUGAUGGUUGUUUUGGUCUCAACGUGGCCCCACCUAACCCGAACCUAACCAGUGACGGGCAAAUCAUUACCCAUGGGCUUGACCCGGAAUCCAUUAAAUCCCUUCCUACAUACCUUUACUCAGAUGUUAAACAACACAGAAAAGGUCAAGUCGAUCUGAACUGUCCGGUAUGUUUAAGUGAAUUCCAAGACGAAGAAGUCUUACGUUUGUUGCCCGUUUGUAGUCAUGUAUUUCAUCCUCGUUGUAUCGAUCUUUGGCUUACGAAACAUGUAACAUGUCCCAUUUGUAGACAAUCUUUGGUUCCUGAAUCAGGUGUUACUAAACCCCACAGUAUUAUCCAUGUACCGCCUCAAGGAGAUCAAUCACAACCGUCUGAUCAUCAUGAAUUUCAUCAAGAUAGUGAUAAUGGUGAAAUGGUUGAUGAUGUUAAGAAGGUGAUUGUUGGAAAGUUUCCUAGGUCGCAUUCAACCGGUCAUUCUAUGGGGGAUAAUUCAGACCGGUUUACAUUAGUCUUACCGGAAGAGGUUCAAAAUAGAUUACCCGACCGGUCUAAGACGUUGUCUUCUAUACUUAGUCCUAGGAAUGCUAACAGGUGUGGCUGGUUUUCUGUUACUCCUCCUAUUAUUAAUAUUAAUAUCCGGUCUAAUUCGGCAUCAACCAGUUCGGUCGUCAAUAGUUCAAAGACUUUGACUCGUGGACCGGUUAAAACGACUGAUCGUUUAUGGCCUAUAUAAUAUUUUUCUGUUCCAUUGGAUGCAAAAUAGAAAAAAUGGAAACGUUAAUAAUCCAAUUUCUGAUCAUACGUUGAAAAUGAACUCGCCUUUUGAUUAUCCUUAAAUACUCUUGCCUAUUACAUAUGUUCAUCCAAAAUGUAUCCAACAUCUUCUACUUCAAUUUAGCCAUUAAAACACCGUAAAGCUCAUCUCUCUCUCUUUUUCUUUUUUUUUUGGGAAGAAAGGCAACAUAUUAUAAAACCAUAAAAAAUUAGGGUAGAUCAUAAGGAAAUAGAACAGUCUCAUGCUCCUCGAACAUAGGGGGAGGCGAAGAGACAAGAGGAAGAAAUAAAGAGUCUAUAGUUGCAUCAUCACAAGGCAACAAAACAUCAAAAUCAAAGAUAAUAACAUCGUUUAUAUAGGAUGGCGGUCUUGAGAGCUUAAAUAUUUUGAACUGAUGGGAGAUUUUCGUACGAUCUUGGUGGGAGAGGCAAUCAGCAUAGUGAACUUCCUAACUGGGGACAUGACACACUUCCUUCUUGAGGGUCCAGCUUGGGAGCUCCCUGCAAAAGGUACAAAGUGACGAAUAUCUGUCCCUAAUAGGAGUGAUGUCUGAUAAACCUUCCACUGCUACUUUAGAAUCCGAAACAAUAUAAAAAUCAGUCCACAAGAGGAGAUCGGUAACCAAAAAGCCCGUAAUAAUAGCUAGAAGCUCAGCCAUGUUAGCAUCAAGGACCCUAGCAGAGACCAGAGAGGAUAAAGGCAGAAUGUCAACAAUCAAGUUGGGAAAAGCAGACCACGCGCCAAUGGUGCAAAGGUUAGAGGAUGGGAGGAAAGAGGCAACAUCUACUUGAAUUAAGAAAUUUUGAGGGGGAGCAAGAGAUGAAGGUCCAAGCAGGCUUAAGGCAGGCUGACUAUGGUGUGGCUGAGAGAAGAAAAAAUCAAAAGCGGUAGUUAAAAUUAGAUUGAAGGAAAGGUUGGUUGAGGGGUUUGGUUUGGAGAGAUCUUGUUAUUACUUCUGGUCCACAAGGUCUAGAGCGCAAAGCUGAACCAAGUUGCCCACGGAAUAGAGCGAAAGGAGGAAACAGAUCCGAGAUUUAAGGAUAACCAGUCAAACGGGUCAAGGGUGAAGAAGUUCUUGGGUAAAUUAGAAAAACAGAGUAGCCAAAAUUCUUUGGCUACAAAACAGUCCCGAGAAUAUAUGAAAUUAUUUAAACGCUAAUUUUCAUUUAGGAACAUGCAAUUAAUAUAUGGAAUUAUUUAAAGAAUGAUUAAAAGACGAGUUUAAUUUCACGAGAUGAACAAUAAGUUGAAUUAUUAAUGUCUGUUUUUUCUUCGGAUACUGUGUUCUUUAAGUCAUCUUAGUAUGGUGUUCUCUUUAGCCCUAAUAAGAGUGAGUGAUAUAUAUGAAUUGGACAGAAAAUUAUGAAAAUUGAAUAGCGUAUGCAUUACAAUUUAUGAUGUUUGUGAUUUUAAUUGCUUUAAGAGUGAAUCAUGUAAAAUUGUAAAUUACUUCGGAGUUAAGAGACAUAGUGAAA